AUGAAAUUAAAGUAAAGAAAAAUAGAAUUAGAACUCAAAUUAAAAUAGAAAGAAUUAGAAACGAAAUAAAAUUAAAAAUAAGAUUAAAAUAUAGAUUAAAAAAAAACUAUAUUUAAAUAAUCACAACCUCAAGAUUCUAAAAAAUGGAAAGGAGUAUUGAAAAAAUGUAAACAGAUUAAUAUUCAUAACCAUCCUCAACUUUAGCAUAAAUGA